AUGCGCAAUCUUAUUAAAAAUCUGAGAGAAAGGAAACUGAUGAGUGAUCAAAUCGUUUUGGGGACAGGGGGGCCUCCAUACGAACCAUCUGCUAGAAAAAGCAUUCAUAAUCACGAGAAUUGUAUUUUUGCGGAGUGUAACCAUAAGAUGGGUCAUUAUGGACUGAAAAAACGACGCGAGCAGCAACGCAUAGAAUCAUCCAGCCAGCCAAGCCAGGACCAAGGAGUUGAUGAAGUUGAUAAUGUUAUGAGUAAGUUUGCUCGACAAUCUUCUCCACUCUGUGUAAGUAAAAACAGAAGAAGAAACUCUCUCAGUGCACCCGAUGAUGAUGACUUUGAAAAUGACUCUGACAGCGAUGGAUUUGCACAUCAGUCAUUACCUAGUGAUUUCUACAAAGUACACAAUGAUUCUUCAUUAUCUCCAACAAAAACAAGAAAGAAAAGCAAUAAGUACUUACACAGUAGCUUAGAUGAAAGAUAUUUGCAGCCCAAUCAAGAAUUUAGUUAUAAAGAACAAACUAAGCAGAAAAAUAGAAAGUUUCAAAAUGUUUUGCUUCCAAUCUGUGGUCUCGUCACUUUAGUAGCAGCUAUUUAUGGUGGUAUAUAUUUAUAUAAACCUCAAGAUGAAGACACAAAUGUGUAUGAUGAAUCUAAGUUUUAUCAAGAAAUUAGUGACCUAGGAGAUAAAUAUCAAAUCAGUGAACACUCCCUUUUAGAAUUACAAACAGGUUUAUCAACGAUAUCAAAAAGGAACGACAGUGGCUCUUUUAUAUUUGUCUAUAACGAGAGAUUUGUGAAAUUUGAUCCAUUUCAAUUUAAUAAUUUCAUAGAAGAUAUCGCCAUAACUGCUGCCAAAUAUUUGCGCAAUAGUAGUAGAUCCGCCCAUCCAACCAUAGUGCAAAGUACGAAACUAAAGAUGAAAACGCACAGCGAGCUGAUGAACACAUACAGAAACGAAGUUGCUAAAACUGGAGUAUUGCUCAUAAAAGAUAUUGACAUGAUACCGUCGAGUCUUGCCAUGGCUUUUCAUUAUUUCUGCGACGAGUAUAAUCCUCUUGUGUCCAAGGCUGCGAUAUUUUUCACGCUCAACUUGGAAAGAUGUACAGGCAAUCAAAAAUCAAUUUAUAUGAACAUAGAAAAAUGUCUUGCAGAAAAAUGGAACACUGUACCCAGAGAUAACAUCAAACCAUUAUUGGCGAGGGUUGUUAAUGUGGUUAUCGAUCUAAAUGGCAUUUCAUGA